CCACUUAGCCAACAAAAAUCUCCCAUGUUCCCUUCACAUCCUUCUCUAUUCUCAUUCUCACAAACCAUCAUCCAUGGCAGCUCCUCCUCUCCUCCUCCUCGCAUUUCUCACGUUCCUUCCAUUUUCAUUUUCCCAAUCCAAACUCUCCCCUGACUAUUACAGUAAAACAUGCCCACAGUUCCAAGAGACAAUGGGACAUGUGGUCUCCGAGAAGCAAUCUACUUCUCCCAACACUGCCGCUGCUGUUCUCCGCCUCUUCUUCCACGACUGUGCGGUGGAAGGCUGUGACGGUUCCAUCCUUAUCUCCUCCACAUCCUUCAACAAAGCCGAACGCGAUGCUGAGCCGAACCUGCUCCUCCCAGGGGAUGCAUUUGACGUUGUCGUUCGUGCAAAAACCGCCCUCGAACUCCAAUGCCCUGGCAUUGUCUCAUGCUCUGACAUUCUUGCCACCGCCGUCCGCGACCUCGUUUCCAUGGUGGGUGGCCCUAAGUACAGCGUGCCUCUAGGCCGAAAAGACGGCCUCGAAUCCAACGCUGCCCGUGUUGAAGGCAAUCUUCCCUCACCCACAAUGCCACUUUCCAAGAUCAUAUCUCUUUAUGCUUCAAAAGGGUUUUCAGUGCAAGAAAUGGUCGCUUUAGCUGGUGCUCGAACAAUAGGGUUUUCCCAAUGUAAAGAGUUUAGCAAUAGGCUUUUCAACUUCAGCAAAUCUUCUGAUUCAGACCCUGCAUAUUCCCACAAGUACGCAGAAGCGCUAAAGAAACUAUGCGCUAAUUACACCCAAGACCCCUCCAUGAGUGCUUACAAUGACGUGAUGACCCCAGAAAAAUUCGAUAAUAUGUAUUACCAGAACUUGCAGAAAGGGUUAGGGUUGCUUUCAGUGGAUCAGGACCUGGCUGUGGAUGAGAGGACCAAGCCCUUCGUCGACUUGUACGCCUCAAAUAGUACCGCAUUUUUUCAAGAUUUUGCGCUUGCAAUGGAGAAACUCAGCGUUUAUAAGGUCAAGACGGAUAGGGAAGGAGAGGUGAGGCGCAGGUGUGAUCAUUUUAACAAUGUUAAUCUUUAAUUAAUUGAUUAUAUUUGAAGGUUCGAUUAUAAAUUAAUAAUAAUAUAGGAUUGUUUGUCAUUUAUUAAUUUUUCUGGUUUAUAUUUAAU